AGACGAGACAAGUCACUAACCAAGUUGAUAACAUGAUACUGCUGUAUGAGCUACAGAAGCGUUUGGCCAAUCUAAGGCCCACCACCACGAUUGUGACCACACCCACCGGUGCUCGUUACGUUGAACGUAGCAAAUCUUCGGACAGCGAUGAUGCAACUGCUAAGAGCCCUGAACAACUGGAGGCACGACAAUACGGAUUCGUUGUGGACACUAAGCCCGACAGUGUGCCCGCUUGCAUACUAAGUGAAUUCCUUUACUUGGGAUCCCAGGACGCAGUCACCGCCGAGAAUGCCAUCAAGUACAAAUUGACGCACGUACUUAGCGUGGGUAUUGAAACACCCAACGUUGAGUUACCGACAACUGUCAAGUGCAAGCAUUUACCAUGCCUGGAUUUGCCUGAGACAGAUCUGCUGCACUACGUCCUUCCAGUUGCCAUAGACUUCAUCGAGGAAGUGCACGCAGUCAAGGGAUGUGUCUUGGUUCAUUGCAAUGCGGGAGUCUCUCGUUCAUCCUCAGUUGUCAUUGGUUACCUUAUGCAACGCCGUGACAUGUGCUUCGAGGAGGCCUACAACCUGGUUAAAUCGUGGCGGCCCUGCAUACAGCCAAAUGCAGGAUUCAUGCAGCAGUUGAAGAAAUUUCACAAUACAGAAGCCAAAUAACUUUUAACAAAAUGCCACAUUUGCGUCAAUAAAAAAGAAUUUGUUUUCGUGUUAGGCUAGGACAAUAGGUUUAAAAUUCAUUUAAUUUAUUGUUGAAUCUUAAGAUUUUAAUACUUUUUAUUUAUUGUUAGAUCUUUAGAGUAUCAACAAUUAA